UUAAAAGCACCCUUCUCCUUCUAAUCAUCAACCUCUCCAAACAUUUCAACUUCAGAUCUGGACCGUCCAUUUUCACCCCAUAUAACUCGAUCUCUAGCCACCCAUUUCCCCCUCUCUCUUUCUGCCUCACUCGCCGUCUCGCCUCUCGCUUAUUGGUUCAAGAUCUGGUUUUGAUCUGAUCAGAUCGUAUAAAAAUAUCAAAACAUGUUUGGGAGAGCACCGAAGAAAAGCGAUAAUUCCAAAUACUAUGAGAUUUUGGGAGUAUCGAAAAACGCUUCCCAAGAUGAUCUAAAGAAAGCUUAUAGAAAAGCCGCUAUUAAGAAUCAUCCCGAUAAAGGCGGCGAUCCUGAAAAGUUUAAAGAGUUGGCUCAAGCUUAUGAGGUGCUGAGUGACCCGGAGAAGCGUGAGAUUUAUGAUCAGUAUGGUGAGGACGCCCUUAAAGAAGGGAUGGGCAGCGGUGGCGGUGGCCAUGACCCUUUCGAUAUCUUCCAGUCUUUCUUUGGUGGCAAUCCUUUUGGUGCUGGUGGAAGCAGCCGAGGCAGAAGACAAAGAAGGGGGGAGGAUGUAAUCCAUCCCCUCAAGGUAUCAUUGGAAGAUCUCUACAAUGGAACAUCGAAAAAGCUUUCUCUUUCACGAAACGUAAUCUGCUCCAAGUGCAAGGGUAAAGGGUCUAAAUCUGGUGCAUCAAUGAAAUGUUCCGGUUGUCAAGGGUCAGGAAUGAAAGUCUCCAUCCGGCACCUCGGUCCUUCCAUGAUCCAACAAAUGCAGCAUCCUUGCAAUGAGUGCAAGGGUACUGGUGAAACCAUCAACGAUAAGGAUCGUUGCCCACAAUGCAAAGGUGAUAAGGUUGUGCAAGAGAAGAAAGUCUUGGAGGUUAUUGUUGAGAAGGGUAUGCAGAAUGGACAAAGGAUUACUUUCCCAGGAGAAGCUGAUGAAGCGCCCGAUACGGUUACUGGGGACAUUGUAUUCGUCCUGCAACAGAAAGAUCAUCCUAAAUUUAAACGAAAGGGUGAUGACUUAUUUGUAGAGCAUACAUUGGCACUUACUGAGGCCCUUUGUGGCUUUCAGUUCAUACUGACUCACUUAGAUGGCAGACAACUUCUCAUUAAAACCCAACCUGGGGAAGUCGUUAAGCCUGAUCAAUUCAAAGCAAUAAACGAUGAAGGAAUGCCGAUUUAUCAGAGGCCAUUUAUGAGAGGUAAACUCUUCAUUCACUUCACUGUUGACUUCCCUGACUCGUUGACCCCAGACCAAUGCAAGGCACUAGAGGCUGUGCUUCCUCCCAAGGCAUCGGUUCAGCUGACUGACAUGGAGCUGGAUGAGUGCGAGGAAACAACCAUGCAUGAUGUUAACAUUGAGGAAGAGAUGCGUAGGAAACAGGCUCAAGCUCAACAGGAAGCUUAUGAGGAAGAUGAGGACAUGCAUGGUGGUGCGCAGAGAGUACAAUGCGCUCAGCAAUGAUAAAAAAGCCGAAUGUCCGAGACACAGACGGUGGUUUUUGGCGAUGGAAUGUACUGUGGUUAAAAAAAAAAAAAAGAACAUUUGAGAGUAAGAUUCUCAAACAUUGUUGUGUUUUGGUAGUCCUUUAUUUUUUGUUUUUAAUAGUGCAAGUAUUUUAGUAAUUGCAAUGGUGUUAUAUGUUCUGAAACCUGAUACUUUCUAAGUAUGCAACGAUUUAGAUUUGGAACUUGACCUUA